AUGAAGCGAGAAAACUGGUUUUCUACUACAGCCAGUUACCUCUGUUCAGCUCAUUUUGAAGAGAAAUAUAUGUACCACACAAAUGUCCAGAGGCGCCUUUUGUCAAAACCAGUACCUACUAUCUUUAACUUUCCAUCACAUUUACAAAAGCAAGAUAAAGUAUUACGACCACAACACAGAAAGCGAUCUUUCGACAAUUUGCAAGAUAGUGCUAUUACAGUGACAUCAUUAGCACAAAUGCCUGUCGGACCCACAUCUGUUUCUGCUGACCACAAUUACUGUCUACCAAGCCCUAAGAAGUUGAAAACACAAUAUAACAGAGUACAAACAGAGAAUGUGCGACUAAAGAAGCGGAUAAAGCAAAUGAAGCAAAUUAGUGUACGACACAAAAGAAGAAUAGUGCAGUUACAGACUGUUGCCGGUUUGAGAAGAAGGCUAUGUAGUUCAGUUUCUGAUAUGUUAAACAGUGAACAUGUAGUUGGUUUGUUGAAGGAGCUAUUGGAACUUCAGUGCAGUGCUAAAGCUGCCAAGGUAGGACUUCAAUUGUCACUAGAAAAGACAAAAUUCCUCACCAACAUCAAUGAUACUCCCAGUGUUCUACAGUUGGAACAAGGUCAAAUUGAGAAAGUUGACAGAUUCAAGCAUCUAGGAGAAUGGUUGGAACAUGAACUAUCAGAAGGAACAGCACUAACAACUCUGAUUAAUAAGUUACAAUUAGCAUAUCGAUCAACCAAUAUAAUAAGAAAUGCCCAUCUUACAAUAACUCAGACCUGA